AUGGCUUCCCGUCCUACCGUGACCAUCCUCUCCGCCGAUGGCACCCCCAGCGGCGCGACUCACCCUCUCCCAAAGGUCUUCACCUCUCCCAUCCGGCCUGAUAUCGUCCAGACCGUCCACACCGGAGUCGCGAAGAACAAGCGUCAACCAUAUGCCGUGAGCGAAAAGGCUGGUCACCAAACCUCCGCUGAGUCCUGGGGUACCGGUCGUGCCGUUGCCCGUAUUCCCCGUGUCUCUGGAGGAGGAACCCACCGUGCUGGACAGGCUGCUUUCGGUAACAUGUGCAGAUCUGGUCGCAUGUUCGCCCCAACCAAGGUUUGGAGAAAGUGGCACCAGAAGAUCAACCUUGGUCAGAAGCGAUUCGCAACCGUUUCGGCCCUGGCUGCUUCAUCCGUCCCUGCUCUUCUCCUGGCCCGUGGCCACCAAGUCUCUACCGUUCCCGAGGUCCCCCUUGUCAUCAGCUCCAAGGUCUUCGAGGGCGCCGCCAUCACCCGCACAGCUGCCGCUCUCGGUCUCCUGAAGUCAGUUGGUGCAUCCCCAGAUGUCGAGAAGGUCAAGAAGUCCCGCAAGCUCCGCGCUGGUAAGGGUAAGCUCCGUGGCCGCCGUCACCGCCAACGCCGCGGUCCUUUGAUCGUCUACAACCCCGAAGUCGAUGGUAAGGAGAUCGUUCGCGCAUUCCGCAACAUUGCCGGUGUCGAGACCUCUUCCGUCUUCGCCCUGAACCUCCUCCAGCUCGCCCCUGGUGGACACCUCGGCCGCUUCAUCAUCUGGACCUCGUCCGCCUUCGCCGCCCUGGACGAGAUCUACGGCUCCACCACCACCCCAUCCGCCCUCAAGAAGGACUUCCUCCUCCCCUCCCCCGUCGUCCACCAAGCUGACAUCGGCCGUCUGAUCAACUCGUCCGAAAUCCAGUCCGUCAUCCGAGCUGCCAAGGGCGCCGCGAAGACCAAGCGCGCCGGUGUGCAGAAGAAGAACCCUCUCGUCAACAAGCAAGUCCUGCUGAGACUCAACCCCUACGCGGCCGCCUUCUCCAAGGAGAAGCUCGGCACCAAGGGCCUGGACCAGGGCAAACCCGAGCGGGCCACCAAGACCGAGUUCGCGAAGGUUCUGAAGGAGGAAUAG